AUGGGAGCAAACACCUCCAGCAAGUCACCACCCCUCAAUGAAAAUGAAGAUGUGACCUUCGACCAUUUUGAGAUUUUGCGAGCCAUUGGAAAGGGCAGCUUUGGCAAAGUCUGUGUUGUGCAGAAGAACGACACCAAGAAGAUGUAUGCCAUGAAGUACAUGAACAAACAAAAGUGCGUGGAGCGUAAUGAAGUGAGAAAUGUUUUCAAGGAGCUGCAGAUUAUGCAAGGCCUGGAACACCCCUUUUUAGUUAACUUAUGGUACUCAUUCCAGGAUGAAGAAGACAUGUUUAUGGUUGUAGACCUGCUGCUGGGAGGGGACCUGCGUUACCACCUCCAACAAAACGUGCGGUUCCAAGAAGGCACCGUGAAACUCUUCAUCUGCGAGCUGGUGCUGGCCCUUGACUAUCUCCAGAGCAGGCACAUCAUCCACAG